AUGAGAUUAGUUCUAAAUGAGACAGAGUGAUACAACCGGGCUGCCUGGAAAUGCGCACAUGAAACAUAUCAAAUAAUUCAGUUUAAAGUAUAACAAUAUGAUGUUGAAAGAACUUGUUCACACUCCACUGUGCACGCCGAAACUGCUGCACUUCCUUUUAUUCACAGAUUGCACUGGACAGGAUUCGCUUUUUCUUUCGGAUACGCCGAGUCAGUCAGCCUGAGCUAGCAGCAGCAACACUCAGGAAUGGGCACUAUUUUGAAAUUCCGGCUGGUCACAGUGCUGAGCUUGCUGCUGCUGGUGGAAGUGAUUGUGAGCACACGUGAUUACUACGACGUUCUGGGAGUUUCACUGUCUGCUACCGACAGAGUGAUCAGAAAGGCUUUCCACAGACUUGCUAUGAAGUACCAUCCCGAUAAAAACAAGAGCUCAGAAGCCGAGAUUCAAUUCAGAGAAAUUGCUGAAGCAUAUGAAGUGCUCUCUAAUGAAGAGAAAAGAAGAGAAUAUGACCAAUUUGGGCAACAGGCUUUUGAGCACGCCAGUGAAGAGGGGAGUGACUUUGCCCAGCCCUUUUUCACCUUUAGUUUUGAUGACUUCUUUCAGGAUUUUGAGGUUGAUACUGACGACAUGUUCUGGGAUAGCGCAGACGUGAAUGAGGAAUUCCAGAACCAUCACUUUCAGGAGCAUGGCUAUGACAGACAUGACUUUUUUGAUGGGGACAGCUUUGUUUUCGGGACUGAGUUUGAAGAAUCGGAUAUGGAACCAGGAGAGGGCAACUUUAAAAGCAGUGUUGAAGGGGGAAGGUUUUGCAGGAGAGUUACACAAAUUGAUGAGAAUGUAGUUAAAACCUUUACAGAAUGUGAUGAUUAUUAGCAAAUUGAUAGACUAAAGAUUUAUAUAGCUAUUUUUCAAUGCAUUGAAAACAUAAUAAAUUAUAUUUUUGUAAA